AUGCGCUUCGACCGCCUGCGCACGCGCAGCACGAGCGCGCGCCCCACGCCGAAACCCGCCGACACGGACGCGCGUCCCCGUCGCUGCCACAGCGUCAUGCCGCGCGCUCCCGAUCCCGCCGUUCCCCGUGCUCCAGGUCCAUCCCCCGCGUCAUCCGCGUCGUCUGCCUUGUUACUUCAGACCCACUCGGACACCAUCCACUUGCCGCCACUCGACGACCUCUUUCCACGCUCGGAGCUCGAGCCCCGGAUGAAGAAGAAGCUCGUCCGAGUCGCGAACGAGACGUCCAAUGCGCUGAUCAAAGACACGCUCGCAGCUCAUGACGAACCCGGAGCAGUGCUCUGGCGUCCGGCCCAGCGCCUCGGCGGCGCCCCGAGCGGCAUCCACGUCCUCCGUGGCACCGCUCGAGACGUGGACAAGGCGCGCGAAGCCACGCGCGUCCGGGCUGUCAGUGACCACGUGCACGCGAGCAUUGAGGAGUUUGCGCUGCUGUUUAAACUCGACUCGAGUCGCGAAGCAGCCGACCAUUUGCUGCUGUUUAAUGCCGAUCUAGUCCAGCACGCGACGCUGUUUACACUUGUGGCUCCGUCGGGGCAACAGCCGCGACGCUACGUUGGAGUCAAGUGGGCGCUCGUGGCGUCGCCGUCGCGGUUUUUCCGGAAACGGGAUUUCUGCUACUUGGAGUGUCAAAAAGAGUUUAUCGAUGCGAAAGGACGACGCGGGUGGGUCCGGUCGCUCCAUUCGUUGAAGCUCCCGUGCUGUCCGCCACUGGAGAAGAAGUACGGGAUCGUUCGAGCAAGUAUCUAUCGAUCGGGACUCACGGCUGUGGAAACGGAUGAACCUGGUGUGCUUAGCGUCACGUACACGGUCGAGCUGGACUUGAAAGGACGCAUGGCGUUGGAAUUAUUGCAACCCAAGUUUCUCGCGCAGCGUGUCGCGGCGCUCGCGACAGUGGACAAGCUCUUGCAACAGCAACGACUUAGUAGCAGCCCGCUGCUGGGUGAUUUGGAUAUUCCCAAUAAAAAGCGCACGCAAGGCAGCUGUAAUUUGUGCUUUCGUGAGUUGGCGCUCUCAGGGGGACUGAAGGACACGCUGGCAGCGAUUGCUAAUCGAUCCACGAAAUCAAAGCGGUAUGUAUGUCGCAAGUGCGGGGAGGGCGUUUGUCGACGGUGCAGUGACGAUUGGUGGCUCGAUGUACCCGUUGUGGGCCGUACGAAGGUACGUAUCUGCACGGUUUGUUCCGCUGCGGCGAAACAGUCGCACAUUUCAGCGCAUGGAAUACAUGCUGGCACGUGCCCAAUCAGAGGAUCCGAGAAUGGUGAAGUGUCGCAGGUCGAGGGUGAAACACAUCCGAAUUUGCUAGACUUACCGCUGCAGCACGCGAAGCGACACUCGGUGUCGUUGGUGGAGCGGCGUGAUGGUGCCGCGCCAUUCUUCGUGCAACAAGAGGAAUUGAAGCGUGAUCUCGAGUUGCGGGCUACCGAGCUAAACCGACGCGUUAAGAUCUGGGACGAGAUGCAGGUGUAUGAGCGCGAUUCUAGCUUGCAACCGGACCAGCAGCAGCGUGUACACAUGUUGCAAGAGCAACGUAAGCGUACGACGAAAGCUCGCGAGCACAAGAAGGACCAGCUUCUCUGUCGUGUACCCCCAUCAAGUUUGUUCGGUCACGAAGAAGAGAAGGGAGAACCUGAAAUGGAAGUGGUACCUCAGCAUCAUCAGACUCGGAGCAUUUCCAAGCACGAGAGUGAGAAAUCAGAUCAACAGCAGAGUUUCGAUCAGAACCCUUCGUUUGUGUCAUCAGAGGACACCAGUUCCCAGGAAUUUAGUGAUUCAGAGGGAGAACCUGUCAUUAGGCUAACAGCUGAAGCCGGGAGCCAACUGUCGUCGCACUACCGCGAUAGUGAUUUGUCGGACUACGAAGAGCACACGAUCGAUGGUUUGGGUGAAAUUCGCACCACCACGGACAUAACGCGCUGGUGGCAAGAUCAACAGUGUACGAGCGAGGCUAAUGAACAGGAACAGCUCCGGCCGCGAGCAGAUCUAUCACCGGUCUCGUCGUUAAGAAACGAUACACGAGAUGCCAGUGACAAUGAUGACGGGAAAGAAGGAGAAUGUAAAAUGCGCCAAGUACAACAGCAGCCAUUACGAACGGUAUCAUCUGAGGAGCAGGAAAUGGUUAAUGCGUUUAUCGACCGGAAACGAGAGUCGAAGAACGAAAUCCAGCAUCAGCGACACAAGUACGACCCUCAGCAGCGACAGCAACUGGAGGAGUUUGAAGAGCUGGCUCGAUAUCAGGAGGAACAGGCUCGUCGUCGUCAGCAGUCUGAUUUUGAGGAGAUGGCGCAGUAUCAGGAGGAGCAAGUCCGUCGGCGAUAUGAAACAGCUAAUCCUCUGGUCCACCGAGUUGAGUCUAGAAAGCCAUGUUGCGGUCCCUCUACUUCGGCACUGAAUCAGAUUCAGCAACAGCAACAGAAGCUGGAGCAUUUGCGUCGCGACCGCCAGGUAGGCGGGGACGAUCUGUCCGUGUGUAAUGCACAGAACAGCGAUAUAUCGUCCUCGAAAGAGCGGUACCUUCAGCAGCAGCGACAGCAGCACCUUGAUGUGGAUACUGAGAAGCGCGCUCGCGUUUGCGGAAAUCAAGCACUUGACGAAAGUAUUGGGGAUGACGUUGAGUUGAUGGAAACCUCUCAGGGUGAAUGGGUUCCCGCCAAUCACGCGCGCACCAGCAAGUUGGUGUCAGCAGUUCCGUCUGUAGUAAGCCCGCCCAGACGCGGUUUUGGGCUCUGCAGCUUUUGUGGCUCUCCCAAGUUCACGUGCGAAAAGGGCUCGGAGAAGCCUAGCUGCGAGUGCAAUGCAACGCCGACAAAGACAACUGGCACUGUUCUGUUCGACGGAAAAUGGAUCAGCACCCCCGGAGUAUCUUGA